UUCACACAAACCUCCUACCAAACCAACAAACCACAAAAAACUCAACAGAAGCAUCUGUGGAUAUAGAAUCCACGACAAAUUGCACCCCAAGCAAAUGCUCUUUUGUCCUCAUUGAAGAACGAGUGACCCCUCUCCAUCAUGCUUUCCUAUUUAUUUUCUCUCUCUCUAACAACUCUAAUUCAAAGCUUAAAGCUUAGCUUCUCUCUCUAACAACUCUAAUUCAAAGCUUAAAGCUUAGCUUCUCUCUCUAAGCUUUCUCCUUUCCUUUCUCUCUCUAAACAAUCUUGAUUCAAAGCUCAAGAGCAGGAACAUGGAAGUUCACAACAGGUAUGUAAGCUUGAAGAAUCACAUCAAUGAGGCACCAAGUGAGUCAGACCUGGAAAUCAAGACUACCACUCUCUCUCUAGAACCCAAAGAAGGUUCAGGAGAUGUGAUUGUGAAGAAUCUCUAUCUCUCUAUCGAUCCAUACCAAGUAAAUCGGAUGAAAUUUUACAGUUCUUCUCAGGAAACCAGUAGCUUCUCUCAACGACUGCCUCUUGGUCAAGCCAUCGACGCCAAUGGCGUGGGCGAGGUCGUCGCAUCGGACAAUGCAGGCUACAAAAAAGGAGACUUGGUCGCUGCUCUUAUUGGCUGGGAGGAGUACACCAACAUUCAUGGUGGUGGUGGAGUGUUCAGAAAGAUCGAAUCCACUGAAUUCCCCUUAUCUUAUCACGUUGGAGUUCUUGGACUCAGUGGGUUUACUGCAUAUGCUGGGUUUCAGUAUGUAUGCAAACCCAAGAAAGGAGAUAAAGUUUUUGUCUCUACAGCUUCAGGAUCAGUAGGAAGCAUGGUGGGUCAAUAUGCAAAACUUGCAGGCUGCUACACUGUUGGCUGUGCUGGAAGCAAGAAAAAGGUUGAUCUGCUGAAAGAUAAGCUUGGUUUCGAUGAGGCAUUCAAUUACAGGGAUGAGCCUGAUCUAAAAGCAACAGUAAAACGGUACUUCCCUGAUGGAAUUGACAUAUACUUCGACAACGUUGGAGGUGAGAUGCUAGAGGCAGCUGUGGCCAACAUGAACGUGUUUGGCCGCAUUGGUGUGUGUGGUGCCAUAUCAGAGUACACGGACUCUACCAAGAGGGCGGCACCUGAUACACUUGCGAUAAUAUACAAACGUAUAACUAUCCAAGGUUUCCUUGCAGCAGAUUACUUGCAAUCAUACUCUGAAUUCAUCAAAGACACUUCCAAUUAUUUGCGUCAGGGAGAGAUACAUGUCCUUGAGGACAUCUCACUAGGCCUGGAGAGUUUGCCAUCUGCCUUUGUGGGGCUCUUUCGCGGCGACAAUGUUGGAAAGAAAAUUGUUCAAGUCAUCCAUGAUUAAGGUAGUACUGAGUCGACCUGGCAGAGUGUGUGGCGUACAACAUGUGUAUCUUGGAAGGUACAUGGGUGGUGUAUCUAUCAAAUGUUCAAACAAUCGAGGGUGAAGAAGAACCUCAAAUAUUGCCAUGAUGGACCUUCUGUGGACAGCCAUUCAUCUCCUUUCCAUGGUCUGUAUCAAGUGGACCGCUAAUGCACUUUUUUUUGUACAUUUUUAGUGUACUCUCUUCGUCUACAGUAUGUUCCAUCGAUCUAGAGGCUCCUGAGCCAAAAGUUUGUGCUUAUUAUGUUGCUUUA